GGGUGGCCCUUUCCCUGUCCCCUCCCAGAGUGUCAGUUGGAGGGUGGGUCAUUAUGGGAUGAGAGCGGAGCCUGGCUGAGAAGCCAGUGUUGCCACAGCCAGGCAGAGAGCACUAGGCUGAGCUGGAGGAGGAGGCAGAGGAAGAGGUGGAGGAGGAGGAGGAGGAGGGGAGAGGGGGUCAGCAGCAAGGGGCCUUGGGCCCACCUUGGUGGCAACAUGCCCCUAGCCACUGCCAAGGUGGCAUCACGGCUGACCCAAGGGGUGACGGCAAAGAGAGCGGCCGUGGCACUGCUGGUGGCCGCAUAUGGUGCCAAGAAGUUGUAUCCCAUCCUCAGGAGACAGUGGGCCACCGCUGAGCUCCGGCCAAACUCAAACAGCAGGCCCAGUGCCAAUGGGCCACCAACCAAGUGGGAGAUGCCGGGUGAGGCAGCUGCGGCAUCACCACCCGGGGUCAACAGGGUGUUCUUCCUGCGCCUUCUGCGUCUCCUGCGCCUGCUGUUUCCAGGGCCACUGUGCCGGCAGACAGGGCUCCUGGCCUUGCACUCGGCCGCCCUCGCCAGCCGUACCUUCCUCUCAGUCUACGUGGCCCAACUAGAUGGGCGACUGGCCCGCUGCAUCGUCCGCAAGAACCCCAACGACUUUGCCUGGCAGCUCUUGCAGUGGCUGCUCAUUGCUCUCCCGGCCACCUUUGUCAACAGCGCCAUCCGGUACCUGGAGGGGCAGCUGAGUCUGGCUUUCCGUGGACGCUUGGUGGACCAUGCCUAUAAGCUGUACUUCCAAGGCCAGACCUACUACCGGGUCAGCAACAUGGACGGGCGCCUACGUAACCCAGACCAGUCUCUCACCGAAGAUCUGGUGGCCUUCGCCAAUUCGGUGGCCCACCUCUACUCCAAUGUGACCAAGCCGGUCCUCGACCUCAUCGUGACGUCCUACACCUUGGUCAGUUCGGCAAGAUCCAAGGGGGCCGACACUGUUUGGCCUUCGGUCAUUGCCGGGCUGGUGGUGGGCAUCACAGCCAAGGUGCUGCGCGCUUGUUCACCAAAGUUUGGGCAACUAGUGGCUGAGGAGGCUCGCCGGAAAGGGGAGCUGCGCUACAUGCAUUCCCGGGUGGUCGCCAACUCUGAAGAGAUUGCCUUCUAUGGGGGGCACAAGGUGGAAUUGUCCCUCCUAAGGCACUGCUAUCGUGAGCUGGCCUCCCAGAUCAACGUGUUGCUUCUGGAGAGACUCUGGUAUGUCAUGCUGGAGCAGUUCCUCAUGAAGUAUGUGUGGAGUGCUGCUGGGUUGGUCAUGGUGGCUGUGCCAAUUAUCACUGCCACCGGCUACUCUGAGACUGACUCGGAGGCAGUGAAGCAAGCGGCUCUGGAAAUGGAGGAGCAAGAGCUAGUGAGCUUGAGGACCGAAGCCUUCACCACCGCUCGAAGUCUACUGACUGCAGCAGCAGAUGCAACAGAGAGGGUCAUUUCAUCUUACAAAGAGGUGACUGAGCUGGCUGGCUAUACUGCCCGGGUAUAUGAGAUGUUCCAAGUGUUUGAGGAUGUGCAACAUUGCAACUUCCGGCGUCCUGGAGAGUUUGAGAAGGGUCAGCCUGGUAUAGGGGCAGCAAGGCAGCAUGGUGUGCGGGUGGAAGGGCCUCUCCAGAUACGAGGACGUGUGGUUGAUGUGGAUAAUGGCAUAAUCUGCGAGAACAUCCCCAUCAUCACACCUACAGGAGAUGUGGUGGUUGCGAGCCUCAAUAUCCGAGUGGAGGAAGGCAUGCACCUGCUGAUCACAGGCCCAAAUGGCUGUGGAAAGAGCUCACUCUUCCGAAUUCUGGGUGGACUCUGGCCGACGUAUGAUGGCAUCCUCUAUAAACCUCCCCCCCAUCGGAUGUUCUACAUUCCACAGAGGCCAUACAUGUCUGUGGGAACCCUGCGGGAUCAGGUGAUCUACCCAGACACAGCAGCGGACAUGGGACGCAAGAAAAUGACAGAUACCAAUCUGGAGCAGAUUCUGGACAUUGUCAACCUCAACUACAUUGUGCAGCGUGAGGGAGGCUGGGAAGCAGUCAGCGACUGGAAGGACGUGCUUUCCGGUGGUGAGAAGCAGCGAAUGGGGAUGGCACGGAUGUUCUACCACAGGCCUCAAUAUGCUCUCCUGGAUGAAUGCACCAGUGCAGUCAGCAUUGAUGUAGAAGGCAAGAUCUUCCAGGCAGCAAAGGAUGCUGGGAUAGCACUACUCUCCAUCACCCACCGACCUUCAUUAUGGAAAUACCACACCCAUCUCCUCCAGUUUGAUGGGGAAGGGGGCUGGCGUUUUGAAAAGCUGGACCCUGCGGCCCGCCUGUCCCUCCGGGAAGAGAAGCAGCGCCUGGAGCAGCAGCUGGCUGGGGUCCCCGAAAUGCAACAGCGUCACAACGAACUCUGCCAAAUCCUGGGGGAAGCCACAACAGCCUCUGUGGCAGUGGAACAGGUUUGAGAUUUGGAUGCCCUGAAAUGCCUGCUUCCAGCUCAGUAAGAGGGAUCCUGGUCGCUGUGCUCUACUCUUAGGAGCUGCACAUGGAGAGUCUGGGAUCGCCCCAGCUCAAUGAAGGAACCACUCUGUUUUUCCCCUUGCUGGGGCAGUACUCAUUUUGGCACCUAUUUUCUGUGCACUUAGUAACCUUCUCUCACACCCCUGCCUUGGUCCAAGGCAGGGGGGUCAGUUUAUACUGCCAAGCUAUGAACUCUGCCCUUCCACAUGGGAGCGAGCUUCCUGUAAGCACAGUGCCUAAAUAUUCCCCAAAGCUCCCCAUCCAGUGUGAAUUUUGAUGUCCUACUGCCAGCCCAUCUUGUGUGUCCUCUGAUGUUUCAGGGAGGCCUCCCCCCGACACCCUUUCUUUUUACAAGGACUGGCAGUUUGCUUGGACCAGUUCUGGCCUUUCCAAACCAAAACAACUGCACAAAUUUUUCAACAUGAAUCAAAGCCAUGAAUGUAGCUCUUGCAACUCCCCUCCCUUUGUUCCCUCCUUCACCUGAUCUCCACUUUUUGUCAUUCCUAGUCUGCAAAAUCUAGUUGGACUGCGUGAUGCUCAAAUCCCAGGCUAUUUAGGAUCCAACUGGAGGGGGGACGGGACAGGAUGGGGGGGGCACAGCAAAACAUUGUUCUAGAAUCAUUGUUUUCAGCUGUACUCUGUGAACCCUUCUGUUCCUUAGAAGCUUACAAAGACCAAAGGCAAAAAAGUUCCGAUUUUUAAAACUCCCACAACAGGGCUCCAAUCUGGGGCUCAUUUUAGGUGUGUUCUUUGGGUGCCAUAGUUCCAAUUUGCAUGGCACCCAAGUAUAAUAAAAUAUAUAAUACAACUGUGUACUACAACCACUGAGUCAUAGUGAAUUCUCCAAAGAGAAACCUAAGCAGCCAAGAGGUCUUAAAGCAAGAUCUUUUGAAAACCACUAUCCUAGGACCACUUGAGACACCCAUGCUUGGUCACAGUGCCACUUGAGAUAUCCAUACCUGUCCCCAUGUCUUUUAGUCUUGAACUUGAAUGCUUCUUUAUCUUGCCAAAGUAGUGGGCGAGUGUCCCCAAAGAUAUGCCCUAGGGAGAAUAUAGUGCUAUUUGUGCACUGCUAUGGGACAUUGUAGUUUCAAAUAAGCCAGUCCUUCAAACAUAAAAAGGGGAUGCAGGAACUCGCAACCCUUGUCUAGAGCAGGCUAUACAGUGUGGAGCUUGGAAAUCUAAUUUGGAGAACUGCUUCCCUGAGGAUUCUUGGAGUUGCAGCCCCAAAAA